AUGAUGAACGUUGCUUACACGUCAACCGUUGUGAUUCUGGCUAUUUUCAUGCAAAUAAGUCACAAUCAGAAUCAACUUGGAACUUCGACUAAACCUCUUGCGAGUGCAUCAGAAUUGAGAACAAAUGCCGAUCGAUUCAGGAAUAACGGAGAACAAGUCACGCGCGAUAGUUUUGUCGAUGCUACAUCACUCGAUACCACAGCGCAGCAGCUGCGACGUCAGAAACGUGCACAAACUGCACUUGCAAAACAUCCUCAUCAUUCUGCUGCUCUUAAUGACCUGAAUCAACAUCAGUCAUUAUCAAGCACUCUUGAUCGUCGUAUCACUCAGAUACUAGUCCGUGUGCCCAAUUCGUUCAACACAUCAUCAUCCAACAAAUCAAGUAAAACCCAUCGCACGAUACAACGAUGGCAAAACGUCAUCACACAUCCAACGGCCACCAGACAGAUUCGUGUGCGACCUGCAUCUGUAGCUCGAUUCCGAUGGAAGCAGCAGCAUCAGCCGGUUCGGCCGGAACAAAUUGCUCACGUACCAUUUAUGCGGCUGGCACAACGAACUCAAAUUCUAGCGAACAACAGUCAGUUGCGUUCGAGUCAUCAUCGACAGCGCAUUCAGUCAUCAACUGAGUCGAUAUUGCAAGUUAAACCAUCAAAAAUUCAACACGAACAACUGAUGCCAUCUCAAGAAGCAUUUCAGUCUCAUGCCCCAUUCCUUCCAUUCGCACCCUCAUCAUCAAAUUCGAUAAACGAUCGAAGUAAUCGCUUCUCAUCGGGUAUUUCAUCAUCAUUCAACGUAUCAUCACGUCAACAAAAUGCUCAUCUCCUUCGUCCACAAGAUCACGAGUCAAUUCCUUUCCGAAGCUCCUCUUCUCAUUCCCUUCAAUCUUCAUUGCCUUCGUCUAUGUUCGCUCAAAACGUAGAUGACACUCCAGCGGUAAUCCACAAAUCAACUAAUGAAGCAGCUCUGUCUAAAACACUUGAAACAGCAACCCCAUCAAAUCCAUCUAGCACCAUCUCACAAACUGAUCCAACAACUGCUCAAAUGCAACUCAGCGAUCUGUCAUUCGUCACAGUUCAACAACAGUUCAUCCAACCAACACCAGUAACACCUAUGACAUUAACUAUGUCGCAAAUUCAAGUCCUAUCUGAUCCUGCUUCACCACUCACCUCAUCCUCUCCACAAAGCCUUCCGACAGUCCACAAUUCGCAAAUCCCAUCAGACCAUUCACCCCAUUUACUCUCUCCUACAUUCACUUCAGUACCUUCCACGUCCAAUCAAUCAUCGUUCCACACGUCUCAAUCAAGUGGUCCAACCCCACCACCAAUUGUUGAACUUCCACAAUCAGAUAUAUUUAAGUCAGCUUCACAAUUAACUCACCAAAUACCUAAUGAAGAGAUCAUUCAAAGUCGUUUACAUACUGCGCAAAAUUCGAUUCAAUUUGAGCAAGAAUCAGGUCCUAUUCCACCUGCUCCUCAACCACCUCGUCAGCAAACACCUAUUGUCGACCGCGAUAGUGCACCGGGCUUCUUACCUCCAAGCGAUUCUGUUGUGAGUAAACUGAAUUCAGCAGAAGAUUUCCUGGCUUUAGCAAAAUCAAUACAUUUAAAAAGGCGUGCAAAAGGAACAUUUUGA